UAACCAUGAGUUAGUUUUUUCUUUGGUCAACUUGAAAAGGAGAAACUGUCGUUUUUGAAGGAAGAUAAAAGUGGAAUAUUAUUCAGUUAUGUUGAUGACUUUUUGUAUAUUACAAAAAACCGUCAAUAUGCAAGAAAAUUCAUGAAUACAAUGUUUGCAGGCAUUUCUGAUUACGGAAUCUCAGCAAAUAAAGAUAAAUGCAUGUCAAAUUUGAUAAUUGAUAUAGAAGAAUUUCCCUGGCUUGGGUUCAAGUUGAAUACAAAAACGUUAGAUAUCUCUAUUGAUACAACCAAACGAAAGCGUUUAGAUGUGCUUUCCAGUUUGACUGUCCAAUAUAGUUGCCAACCUUCAAAGACUUUACUAAAUAGUGGUGUUAGGUAAUAUUCAUUUAAAAUAAUAAACUUUAAUCAGGAAUUUGUAUGAUAAUUUUCAAUUUGCAGCAUUGAAAAUAGAAACACAAGCAACU